CCGCACUUUGACGGCCUCGACACGGCCCCGAAACCUCUUCCAUCCCACUGCAUCAUGCAUCAUGGCAUCUUCCGAGCGAAAACUGGCGUGCCUCGUAUGCCGCCACCGCAAAGUAGCCUGCGAUCGACGCCGGCCACAAUGCGGACUAUGCGUGAAAAACAACUUCGACUGCCAGUACAAGGCGCGCGAGUAUCGGCCUGGACUGAGGGCGGGGUAUGUGUCUGAGCUGGAUAAACGGUUGGAGGAGGAUGAACGCGCUAGAAGGACAGGCAUUGCAUGAACCAUCCGAGCAUGCAAGUCAUGAUUCUCCCUUGAUUCUGCCUGAGGUGCACCGUGGCACAGAAUUACCGAGUACUCAGCCGGGUAUGAUGGUUGAUGCAGUGUAUACAAUGCCUACUGGAUCGGAUGAGCUGCAGUCGGUAUGGCUUCAGAAAUACCAUCCCUGGUUUCCCAUCAUGCAUCAUACAUCUAUUGUUAGUGCCUUUUCAGAGCCAAGUCUUGUCCAGAAGGCGAUCACAGCCGUAACCAUCUGGGACAUCCCGGGAUUGCCAUUGGAAUGGAGACAAUCGCAAUCAGAAAAGCUGAGACAAGAGGCAAUUCUCGCAGCAAUGCCUUCCUUGAACCUUGCUUCCAUCCAGGCUUUGUUGAUCCUAGCCAUUCUAUACUGGGGCGAAGGCUCGUGGACCAUGUACAGCAACGUCAUUGCCAUGUGUAAAAGGCUCGGGAAAACUGACCGUGACUUCCACAUCAAAUAUCUCCAGGAUCCACCGCGACGAGCAUCUCCGCACAUACUGGAUGGUAGAAAUGCUCGAUAGCACCUUUGCACUCGGAACUGCCAACAAUCCAUUCACCGUCUGCACUCCAUUCGCUGCCAACCUCCCAUGCAGCGAUACAGCUUGGGCUCUACAAGACCCAUUCCGAGAAGACGUCCCCUUCCACAAUGCGAACCACUCAUCCGGCUUCUCGCUGUGUAUCAGCCUAUGCACGGUGGAAUUAGAACCCGUCCAUCGAUUCCUGCAGACCCCGCGGAAGAGUGGCGUAACCGGCGACCUGGAAUGGCAGAGUGCUGCCCAACGUCUGGAUGAGAAGCUCACCAUAUGGCGUGAGGAG